ACCUAAUAGUUAAGAGAGACUAGUGAGAGAAACAUACCAGUUGUUGGUUAGUUCUUUGUGAAUACUGACAAGAGGCCUACCAACAUUCGGGUGUUCGUGUGAAUAUCGAUAGAGACGUAUAUUGCACACGCGGAGGACGUUGGUGAUUACAGCAAGUAAUUAAGGACAUCCAAUUGAGAUACAUACAUACGUAAACCUAAUAAGGCCGCCGCAACGCGCUAGUUUAUUAGGAAAGAAAAUACACACAAGGUUUUUGGGCUUUGAUACAGGAGGCUUCUUAUUCCCUGCUGUGUUGCCUUGCCAGGCUUUAAAAAGUAGGCUUCAACGGUCGCCACUCUUCAUUUCUUCAGCAUCCGGAUUCUACCUUUCUUCAGACAUCGUCUUGGUGGUUCAAUAAGUCAGUGAGUGGAGAGUUUAAGCCUGUUUUUAAUGUUGUUUUGAGUUGAGUGUGAAGGAAGUAUACUCGGUUUCUUUGUAACACAUUAGUUAUUGAAAGAAGGUUUCAUUCCUAGCUCCUUUGAAGCUGAAGACUUAUUUAUAUCUGUCAUUGGCAAAGUACAGAUUUAAGUGAUAAAAUCCAAGGGUGACAACGAAGGAGUUUUUCAAGCCUUUCCAGGUAUGGAUAGGAAGGAUGACAAUAGUUCUUGCUCAAUGAAUUUCGCUAGUACAUCCCAACAUUCAGUUUUGGGCAAUAUGUACAAGAAUUCUACACCAACUAGUUCGUUCCAGCUAAGGAAACAUCCAAUAGAUGCUAAUACCGUAUUCGCUUCCCGAACAUCUGUGAAAGCAAAUCGUAGCAGCUCUCUUUUGGUCACUAGUUCCGAAACAUCUUCAUUUGCUGCCAAUAAAGCAGAGGAUGUUGAUAAUAAAACUGCUAGAAAUCCUAUAAAUCUUCCUACUAAAUGCACAAGAGGGACAACAACUAGUGGACGUUAUCACGGUGAAGAAAUUAGUUUGGUAGUAGACUUGAGAUGCGCUGUGGUCAGAGACGUAGAUGACUACCUUGUAAAUGAGAGCUAUUCAUCAUCAAAAUCAAAUAUAGAACAAUGUGCGCCUACCAUGAAGACUGAAGCAGAUGACGCUGAUGAGUGCUCAUCAUCUGAAGCAUUUAUUAAGAAUUCCUUGUGUGACGAUAUAUCUGAAAAGGAUAUACGCAAUUUUGUUAGUAGAAGCUUGGGGCUACAUAGAGAAGCUUGUUGUAUUCGGACUAGUGUUUAUCCUAAAGUUUCAGGUUUCAAUAGCGAGUUCAGUUGUAUGCGGACAUGCAUAGUCUGUGAUCAUCCAGAAAUAACACUUAAGAUGCUAAUUUGUGAUCAAUGCGAAGAGGCAUAUCACAUCACUUGCUGUCACCCCCCACGGAGAAAGUUACCUCGGAACGAGUGGUUUUGUCACUCGUGUUUAAAAAAAAAGCAUAAAAUACCAAAGAAGUUGACUGCCAAAGGACCAGUGAAUUAUAGCAGUGAGAUACGCAGAGGUAGAAGUGCAAUUUCCAAAGGUACCUUGGGUCCUAUAGCAGCUAUGCUGGAGGACGCCGAACCUUACACCACCAAUGUACGUAUCGGCCUGGAAUUUCAAGCAGAGGUUCCUGACUGGUCUGGUCCACUUGCCAAUGAGGUUGAUAAUUUUAAUGAACCACUGGAAUUGAGUCUCGCUGAUAGCUUUCAGGAAGGAAAUUCAAGGAAGCCUUCUAAAGUCAGUUCCAUCUCUAAUUGGCUUCAGUGCCAAGAUAUCAUUUGUGGUAUUAGGGAGGGUGUUGAUGGAGUUGUUUGUGGGAAAUGGCGCAGGGCACCUCUUUUUGAAGUUCAAAGUAAGAACUGGGAGUGUUUUCACUCUGUGCUCUGGGAUCCAGCUCAUGCUGAUUGUGCGGUGCCACAGGGGGGUCCACCAUUAUCAUGAGAUAGGAGCCAAUCAAAAUGAUCCAAGCACAAAAUUUUCCGCGCUUAGCAUGUGCCCAUGGGCACACCAUAGAAAAACCGAUAUUAUAUUAUAAUACAAUAUAAUAUAAAAUAUAUAAUAUAGUUAAGCAUGAAUCGGAUCGGAUCGGAUCGUUAACAGAUCGGAUUUGACCAUAUCCAUAUCCAUUCUUUAUCGGAUCGGAUUAUUAUCGGAUCGGAUUAUUAGCAGAUCGGAUUUUUUAAAUAAGGAUCCAUAUCCAUUUAUUUAACCACGGAUCGGAUCGGGUCGGAUCGGAUAUCCGAUCCAUUUACAGGCCUAGGUACAUGUUAAAUUUUGCCAUCCCAACCCUUACCCCUACCUUUAAACCCACUUUCGUGGUGUUUUCUUUUAUAUCCGAUGCACUUUUAAAUUCUUAAACGUUUGUCACUUUAUAAAAAUAUGAUUAAUUCAUACUCUCAUAAGCUUUCUUUUUCAUUACUUAAAC